CUCGUGACUGCGGCAGCGCAGGUCGGGUCCUGGAAUCGACGGGAUAUUUCUUUGGGUCACCCAUCUGAAAGUCUUCUUAUUAUUUUUUGAUCCAGGGGUGUUAUUUUUGUAAGACAGAGCAAAACAGAAAGCGAGAGGUUCAGAAAUAGCAGUGGAACAGCCGUCUUUUUAAGGUAAAGUUGAAACGACGGGUCUGGUUUAAAACACUGGGGACCUGCUUGGGCUCAGGGCGGUGUACUAUUAUUAUCGGAUUCUGUGUGUCCUUCUCUGGGGCUUUAUGAGCUCUUUCCUCUGGAUACGAUGUCAUUGUUGAGGCAUUGUUAGACAAUAAAAUACCUCCUCUCUGUAAUAAAACUAAAAAAACACAGAUAGUGAUACUAGAGAGAUAAUAUGGCUAAAAAUUCGCUGGACCAGUCCAGGGAAGACUUGAGUAAGAUAUCGGACGAGGAACUGAUGAAAUGGAGCAAAGAGGAUUUGCUAAAACGACUGAGAAAGACGGAUAACGAGAAAAUGAACUUGAUGGUGGAGCACGGCAACCUGAUGAAGGAUGUGAACAGGAGGCUACAGGUUCACCUCCACGAAAUCAGAGGCCUGAAGGACAUCAACCAGAAGCUCCAGGAUGACAACCACGAACUGAGGGAGCUGUGCUGCUUCCUGGACGACGACAGGCAAAAGGGCAAGAAGUUGUCCCGGGAGUGGCAGCGGUUCGGCAGGCACACGGCGAGCGUGAUGUGGAAGGAGGUCAGCACGUACCAGCAGAAACUGAAGGAGCUGGAGGCUAACCAAGAGUCGGUGAUGCGGGAGAACGUGGAGCUGAAGGAGAUCAUCCUGAUGCUGGACGAGGAGCGGAACGGGGCCGGGUCCCGGAGCUCCAUAGACAGCCAGUCUAGCCUGUCCAACCUGAACGGCGGCUCCAGCACUAUGAGAGACGUCGGCGACGGCAGCAGCACGUCCAGCGCGGGAAGCGCCGGCAGCCCCGAUCACCACCACAACCACAUCCCCCCGCACAAGCCCGCCGAGGCCAAGGCGGCGGCCGUCCGGAGGUCCAUGGACGACCUGACUGCCCCGCACCACCACAGGAGCACCCCGAACGGGCUGAACGAUUCAUCUUCAAACUACAUCCGACAACUAGAGACAAAAGUCAGAAUUUUAGAAGAUGACAACAAACUUCUAUCACAGCCCCGUAACCGCAAUAGUUUACCAAAGGUACUGACACAGCAGAGCAGCACUGGAGACCUGAAGACCCUUCGGAAAGGCUUCUCCCUGUACCACUCGGAGUCCCAGCUCUCCUCCCUGCCCCAGUAUCAGGAGCCGCUGCAGAACGGCUCAGCCCGACUAUGCUCUGGAGACCCGGCCUUGUCCACCACAGGCUACCUCCCUUCUGCCCAGAAGCCAGAGGCUGUGGUACAUGCCAUGAAGGUCCUUGAAGUUCAUGAAAACCUUGAUAAACAACUUCCCGAGGAUUAUGAGGAAGACCUGAGUGAGAAGGAGAAGGCUAUUGUUCGCGAGAUGUGUAAUGUGGUUUGGCGCAAGCUGGGAGAUGCAGCCGGCUCCAAGCCAUCAAUCAGGCAGCACCUCUCGGGCAACCAGUUCAAAGGCCCUUUGUAGCUGAAUUUCUCUGGAGAGCGCAGAGCGAGGAACAGCGGCUCUGGAACAGGGAACCUCUAACGAUGGGCAUUCAUGUCAUCCGCAGUCAUUGUCUCCUUCCUGCUCUACCAUGACCUCUGCUGACUGCAGCGGAGGACAGGACUACAUGUUCAACGUGCAGCUGGACAACUUUACCAUCCACCUGUAACAAGCUUGGAUGAACAGUCUGUGUUGUAUCUGAUUAGCCAAUGUGUAUUUCCUUACUAUCACGUAUUCAAGACUGGCAGCUAGUUUCACUGGUCGUUCAGACAUACUCCCCCCGUGUCUGGAUUCUGGUUCUGUACGUAAAGAACUAAAAAUGUUAAAUCUGCUGUGUUUUUCGGUGUUUAAGUGUUAAGUGCUACGUUUUUGAGUUGAGUCUGAUAAUUAGAGCUCAGAAUUUGGUUUUGCACAAGCUUUGUGUAUUGCACAAAGCAGUGAGGAUCUGGCUUAAUCAAUUGUCUGGCAGAAAUCUGCCUGUGAUCACUGGUGCAUCUGUAAAACACUGUCAGACGGCUCCCUCUGCUUGGAAAGUAUAUUACCAAUAUGUAAGUCACUCGUAAGCAAAAACCUUUAGUGGAUUAUAGAGAAUUUUAGAGACAUGUUUAAAAUAAGAAACCAGAGUUAUCUUUAUUUAAUUCUAGUGUGGUCACACUUGUGUAUUAUGCCAACUACAUUCUGUAUUUUGUAUUCUGUAGGCCACAAAAUGUCAUGUGGUGUGGACUUUUUUUUGUCAUUUAAGAACAUAUAAAUUUCUAACAUAAGAGGCUGCCAACUUUCAACAAUGAUCCAGUGUGCAAAAGCCUCACAGUUUAUAGUACAAGAUUAAUAAAAUUAUAGCUAUAGGCUGCACUAUAAACAUUACAACAGAUCUGUUAGCUCAUUAAAAAUUAGAAACAUACUGCAAAUACCAGUCUUCUAAAAAAAAAAAACUGUUUCCCAGAUUUGUUUGUUUGACAAUCGUGAAGUCAGUAUUGGUGCACUGCAACUCCUUUGGGUCUUACAGACAACUGAACUGUCAAAGCAGGGUCAAUAUGAAUGAAAUUUCUGAACACCAAUCUCUAAUAAAAAUAGCCCAAAACAAUGAAUCUACUGUACUAAGUUGUAGGCUGCAAAAAGAAGACACUUGAUUAAUUCAUUAGUUUUUUAAAAAAAGAUUUAAAUGGUUUGUUUAGUCUAAAUCACUACCAUCCUUCCAAGAGAAGGUUCCAAAAAUAAAAUUACUGUUUGUAGUUGGAUACAAAUAACAUUUCAGGUCAUUUUCACAAUGCCGGAGGUCAUUUAAACAACCAGAAUUUCACGGCUAAUGAUUUAAUUGCACUGAGCCAGUUUAUAUGGGCAGAGGGCGGACAGGAAGUUGCGUUUGGAGGCCAGAUGUCACUGCAGUACUGCACACUUGCAACAAAAUAAACAGAAAACAUUAAAUGGUCUUUAUGAUUGGUAUCUCCUUAAAGUUACUAGAUUGACAAACUAUAUGUAUAGUUCAGCUCCAUAAGCACUGUUUAACCUUAAAGCUUAACAGUUCAAUUUAGGGUUGAGUUGUAAGACAGUAGAUCAUUUAUUAAAAUUAGAAUGACCACCACCGUUAUAGACUACAGCACACUUACCCUCAGCUGGGUCAAAAAACAUUUAUGAAAAAGUGACCUUCUUUUAAACAAACUGCACACUACUGACUUUUUAUAAAAAAUAAUUUGAAUACAAAGUGAUAUAAAGUUAAAAUAUUUUCAUAAUGUGACAAAUUCUAAACACGAUGCUGCUUUUGUGGACGAGAUUUUAAUUUGGAAAUCUGUAAGUUUAUUCAAAUUCCUUUGUAUUUUCUGUAUAUGUGAUACACAAACCUGGAAAGUACAGAAUUUUUGUAAAUAUGGAUCCCUGUAGAGUACUUAGCAUGCAUUUGUAACCUAUUUUUUUCAUAAGCUGUAUUUAGCUGAAAAGGAAUGAUAUUUUUAGCAAGUAAAAAAAACUCAGAUAUAAGACAGGCCACUUUUAGAUGAUUUUGAACAAAAUAAAAUACUUUCUUUGUA